UCUCUCUCUCUCUCUCUCUCUCUCAGGAAGCAAUUCAUGCCGGACCUUACUGUUGGCCUUGAUGGGAACCUCGCUCCUGCUGUUCUUUAUCACCCAAUCUGGCAUGAAGACGCCCUUCCUUCACGGCCUCCAGCACCCCACCCCGAGCCUCCAGUCCCCGUACCCGUCCAGGCGCAUCCAGGAUUAUCAAGUGGAUUCUGACGAUGGUACAGCUCAACACGCUUUUUCCAAUGACUCCAAUGGGCUAAGCGGGGGAGUAGAGGCGGGGGUGGUGGAUGAGACGGAUCUGUUGGGAGCUGGCGCCGAGCGAAGGACGGCUGAGGUGCUGCUGCAGAAAAGUACCCCGAUGGACACCCUGGAGCAGACGGUGCAGGAGAUACUGAAGACGGAGAGGCAAAUAAUAAGGCAGGCUAUGCUGGAUUACUCCUUCCACCCUGCACUGAACACCAAACGCCUAGAGGACUUCGUGCCAGAGUACGGUGGAAAACCUGUGCGUAACCUGGUCAUCACUACCUGGCGUUCUGGAUCCACCUUCAUCGGCGAUGUUCUGCAAAGCCAUCCAGCAACGUACUACCACUAUGAGCCACUGAUGGAUUUUGACAUCAAACAGGUGCGCCAUGGGAAGGCAGCCAAGCAGGCGCUGCAUAACCUGCACCAUCUUCUAAACUGUGAUUAUAGUGAGAUGGAACAUUAUCUGAACUAUGGACAGGGUCACCAGUGGCUCUUUGAGCAUAACAAGCGGCUCUGGCAGUACUGCAAAGCCUUCCCUCACAUUUGCUGGAGUCCUCGAUUUCUCACACCCUUCUGCAAACUGUUCCCUUUCCAAUCCCUCAAAACUGUCAGGCUGCGGCUCAACCUCACCACAGAGUUCCUACAAGAUAAACAGCUUGGUGUGCAGGUGCUGCUGCUUGUGCGAGAUCCUCGGGGCACCAUGCAGUCCCGACGCCACCGUGUUUGGUGCCCUGACAACCCUGACUGUGACAACCCUGCCUGGUUGUGUCAGGAUCUUGUCAGCGACUUCCAUACUGCCAAGAAAUUCCAGACAAUGUUUCCAAAUUCCUUCAGGAUGGUACGCUAUGAGGAUCUGUCUUUCAAUGUCUACAACAUGACAAGGAAGCUGUUUGAGUUCUUCCAUCUGAGCUACCAUCGACGAGUGCAAGCAUUCCUUGACACGCACACCAAGCAGACAAUAGGCGGGGUGUCCAGCACCUUCCGUGACUCCAAAGUUGCACCAAUCCACUGGCAGCAGGACUUAUCUUGGGAGGAUGUGAAACAGAUCCAGAGUGUUUGUGGUGAAGCACUGAGACUUUGGGGGUACAAGAUAGCCAAGGAUGAGGCACACCUUCGUUCAUUCAAUCCUGUGGGAGAAUUUAAGACUGUAUUAUAGUAUUUGCUAUUUGGGAGGUGUAUAAUACUGGAUGGCAGUGUUUUGGGGGGGAGGGUGGGUAGCUAAGACAAGAAAUCUGCAUCUAACUAUCUAUAUACUACAUGCAUACAAUAAAUUUUAUGAGCAUUCUCUCACAUCUUGGUCUCUAGGUGAGAGAGGAGUAAUCCUUGUUGUACCAUCACUACAAGUUGUGGAGCAUGUCUGGUGUGGUGUACAAAGUGGAACUGUCCAUAUAAGCUUGAUUCCCUAGUCAUGCACUGUACUGUGUUAUGCUAAGAGCAGUUAUUCAGUAAUCAAUUAAUCACAUGAUCAUCAAUUAGUACAAAUCUAAACAUAACCCAUGAACCAGACUGAGGUCUCAUCAAAGGAGAUAUACAGAGAAUACCAGUCUCCUUGACCUGCCCCUUUUACUUUCCCUUUUUCUAGCUUUUGAAACAUGUGAAAUCCUUUCCUCUUAAGGUCAUAAUAAUCUAUAAAUAUCAGGAGGAAAGUAACAGAGACAAGGCAACUAGAAAUAUCCAUUCACAAUCAUUCCCUUAUCUUGUGACAUGUUAGGAUAUCUGUAAUAUUAAUCUUCACAGAGACAUCCAACCUACUGAAAUAUUGAAGUUUAUACAGUGCAUAACUGGAAAAACAAGCUUCUUGUGUGAAUACUAAGCAGAUUGUGUAUUUUAUUCACUAAAUAACUUUAUAUGUAUAAUACUGGCAACAUUAGCAGCAGAGCUGGACUACCCAUGUUGCAUCAUGACAGAUUCCUCAAUACUGGCAACAUUAGCAGCAGAGCUGGAUUACCCAUGUUGCAUCAUGACAGGUUCCUCUUCUCUGUACCUGACCUGAUCUACAGAUCAGGCCAGAUGUGAGGGAAUUUCUCAUAAAGCCAUGCCUCCAUUCAUGCAUUCAUAAAAGUUCACCAUUCAUCCCUUUUUUCAUGCACCUACAUGAGCCAAAAAAUGCAACCAAUGCUUUUUAUACAUUGUCCAUCCAUUCCACCCACAGAUUUCCCCUAAGUCUUGCACCUUUGGUAUCAGAUCUAGUUUCUUUACCAAUCUCACUUUCAUUCUUUCCACUUAUCAUACCAUUAGAAUACCUGCUCUGCUUGAUCAGGCAAUUCUCUUACAGCACCAAUUCUUUGCAUGUCUUAAUUGCUCUUUUGAGUUUUCCCCAGUGUUUCUCCUCAGACUGUAUAAUACUGUAUAAUAUUCAAUUUCUUCUCUGUUGCUCUCACAUUCCAUGUCUCAAAUUCACAACAAUGCAGUUAAUAACAUUACUCUCUCACACAGUCCUCACUUAGUUUUUUCAAAACAAUGUAGUCAUUAAUGUUACUCCAUUAUACAUUCCUCAUUUUGUACUAAUUCUAAAUGAUUUACAUUUAGUUUUAUCUUUUAAUUGAACUUUUUCUACUUCGUUCUAAACAUCACCUUUACAUCUACUCCUCUAUCCAUAGCAAUGUUUAUUCCUUGUAUCAUAGUAGGGAAAAACAUAGAGGAGGACUCCAGUUCCCUACUCCUUGCUCUGCCUUUCAGUUGCUUUCUUUGACAAGUAGAAAAAGACAUAUUCUACACAACCCAUGUCUGGGGGCUAUGGUUAACCAGCUUGUGUAUAAAGGGACAAAUUAGGGAUGCAUCAUACUGGGAUAUUUGGUAAUAUUUUAUAUUUUUUAAGUGGAGUGUGUGAAUGUGGUAUUUGUGAUUUUCAGUUGAUUCAUGUGUGUAAUUAAUCACUCAUCCAUCACCUCAUUAUUCUGAAAGGAAAUCAUCUUUUAUGUGGUGUUCAUUAUGAGUGGGUUGGGCACAACUACAACACAACUUGUAAAUUUAGUCAGUCACUUUCUGGUGGUUAGUACAAAGCUUUAAAAAGAUUUUAGGACUGCCCUACAACUUGUAUGGACAUGUAUUUCUAUAUGCAGGAUGAUGCCACCUCUGUUGUACCAGUCAUUUAGAUAGUCUCAAAGUAUAGCUGGAUUCACACAAGCCACUUUUUGUGGUCAGUGGCCAUCACAAAAAAAAAUGGUCAAAUAUAGAACACACACACACACACACACACACACACACACACACACACAUAUAUGGUUCCAUUCACAUGGGACACUUUUUUUGUGCCACAAAAAAGUUGAGUUGUGGUAGGUGGAGCCAUUUUUCUGAACAUACCACUGUGGGUGGCCACAGUGGCCUGCGAUAGAAACUGUUAUUUUAAAUGGCAGCAUACUUAUGAGUCACUAUCAAUUACAGCCAUCCUGCCUCCUGCUGCUUUUGCGCUGUCCUGUCUGUCACUGCAACAAGUACCCCUUUCUGUGAGUGGGAAAAAUGGCUAAAGAGUCAUUUGACUGAAAUAUUGAUCACAGAGGUGAAGACACCACCACUUUAUGAUUUGAAUCUGAAGGAAUACAGUAACAAGAAUGUUAAAGAAAAAUAAUGUCUGGAAUGCUCCAUCCAAUAGUUUGUUACUAUAGGGAGCACCCAGUACUUUGCAUUUUUGUGCUUCAUCUUCACAAAAACUGUGCAGACAAAUGCUACUUCUGUGAGAUCCAUAAAGACACUGACCUCAUUUGUGGCUACCACUGAGUGGCUUAUGUGCACAGUGCUCCUACUCACCAUUUUAAUGUGGCAAACAUACUUUUAGUGGUGGCCACUGACCACAAAAAGUGGUUCAUGUCAAUCCAGUCUAAUACCACAGAUGCAAACUUAAAAAGUAAAAGUGUGACUGACAUAAUGUUGUUGUAUAUCUGGUGACAAGGACUGACUACCAUGACUGCCCCUUACUGCGCAGAACAUCCUUAUCUGUGAUAACACAACAGUAACAACUUCCUGUGCCAGUUUUGAAUAAAAAUAGGGACCAUUUAUUUUUUUUUUUCUGUUCAGGCUCACUUAUUGGAACAAAUUAGUUGGUGUUAUUGAUACAAUUUUAAAGAUAUAAUUAAGACCUCUUGGACAAAAAUAUGAGAAAGCCUAGUCACUCAGUAGACAAAGCACUGAGGAACACUUUUAUCCUGCAGACCUGCUCUAAGAUGGUCUCUCACUAACGGGGGAUUCAGUUUAUGAAUUAUUCUAGUAAAGAAGGUGCAUCAUAGUCAACCUUGUACUGGUGUGGCAUAUGAUGGGAAGAUGGCAACUUUAGUACAUCAUCUUAUUCCCUUCCACUCUAAUGCAAACAAACUAGUAUAAUACAUCCUCACUAAUUCAGUUUGAUUGUAAAUGUGGCCUCGUCUGAAUUAUGAAAAUUGUAAAUUAUUGGAUAUUCUAAGUAUUACCUGUAACUCUGCAUGAAAUAUAAAAAUCAAAGUUUGCUGCAACUAUUCUUGAGUGCAGUUGUAGAAGUGGAUUACUGCACAAAAUUCUUAGAAUGCUCGUCUACUGGAGUUUGAGUAUCACGCACACACACACACGUGCACACACACGCAUGCGCGCGCACACACACACACACACACACACACACACACACACACACACACACACACACACUAGUUUCUACAUGCUUAAUAUUGGUGAAAAGUAAUGAUGCUUGCUUUUUUGCUUGUCCAUGUUCCAUGUACUAGUGUGCCCACAAAAUUUUCUUCUACUUAGCAAAUUUUAUGCAGAAUGACUUGGGUAUUCAAGAAGCAUUCCAUAAGCAGAUGAAAACCAAUUCCAAACCAUGCUGCAUUACAAAGUGCUGACUGUGUGGCAACAGACUGGUGCAUAUGCUUCUACAAAAUGUGCAGAUGAACUGCCAGACUGAUGCUAAUUCAAAUAACUAUCAUAUACUAAAAAUUAAAAAAAGAAAGGAAGUUAAAGAUGGUGACUGCAAUCUCCUACCACUUCAAAUAUAAACAAGACAACUGAGGAACUUGAAUCACAGGCCUCCUUGAUCUUUGCUUCUGUCCUGAAGUGUGGUCCACAACUGAUCUGAUCUUUGUGUCUGUGUGAUCUAUAAUUCAAUUAGACUUAUUAGAGUGAGGCAAAAUGUCAAUGCCUUACUAUAAACUGCUUAUAAUCUGGAGUGAGGUGAUCUGUCAGUGCCUCACUAUAAACUGUUAACAACCUAAGUCACUAUGCAUAUCCAAGAUGUACAUUUGUCAAGGUUUUAAUAAAUUGUCUGUGUGUGUGAA